AUGUACAGCAUACUAGAGAAUGAGUUGAAGGCACCCCAGCCUAACCCCGGAGUAGGCUCGGCCGGGAACGGCGCUCCGGGAAGCAACUGCAAGGGUGGCGGAGGCGGCGGAGGCGGAGGAGGGGGAACCGGAGCCACGGACCAGGACCGGGUCAAGCGGCCGAUGAACGCGUUCAUGGUGUGGUCGCGGGGCCAGCGGCGCAAGAUGGCUCAGGAAAACCCCAAGAUGCACAACUCUGAGAUCUCCAAGCGCCUGGGCGCGGACUGGAAGCUGCUGAGCGACGCGGAGAAGCGCCCCUUCAUCGACGAGGCCAAGCGCCUCCGCGCCGUCCACAUGAAGGAAUACCCGGAUUAUAAAUACCGGCCACGUCGGAAGACCAAGACGCUGCUCAAGAAGGACAAGUACUCUCUGCCGGGCAACCUGCUGGCCCCGGGAAGCGCCGGCGGAGGCGGCGUCAGCAGCCCCGUCGGGGUCGGGCAGCGCCUGGACUCCUACGCGCACAUGAACGGCUGGCCCAACGGCGCCUACGCCUCGCUGAUGCCCGAGCAACUGGGCUACAGCCAGCACCCGGCUAUGGGCAACGCGCAGCUUCAGCCCAUGCACCGCUACGACGUGAGCGGCCUCCAGUACAGCCCCAUCAUGUCCAGCGCUCAACCCUACAUGAGCGCGGCAGCCUCCACUUACACCAUGUCUCCCGUUGCUGCUGCUGCUGCUGCGGCUGCCGCUUACGGCCAGCAGCCGUCGGGGCACUCGAUGAGCUUGGGGACGAUGGGUUCCGUAGUGAAAUCUGAGCCCAGCUCGCCGCCGCCGGCCAUCACCUCGCACUCCCAGCGGGCCUGCCUGGGAGAUUUGAGGGAUAUGAUCAGCAUGUACCUUCCGCCCGGGGGCGACGCGGCCGACCCGUCGACAAUGCAGGGCACCCGGUUACACGGCGUCCACCAGCACUACCCGAGCGCCGGGACUGCUGUCAACGGCACCGUGCCACUAACUCACAUCUAGCCGUGUUCCCUCGGAUCGCCCUCUAACACCGCUUCCUCAAAACGCUGGCACCGAACGUCUCGCCUACGGUUUGGUAGCGGGAGAGAUGGUUUGAGGGCAGAGGGGGUGUCGCUGGCUCUCCAUCUUAACCAGCGAGUCUUUUGGGCGCUUCUUCCCAAGGCACAUCCUAUGCGGACGUCUCCCCAGGCAUCUUAACUCUCGUUGUAGGUGGCCUCUCCCACUCUAAAUUCCCACACUAUUGAAGUUUAUGGUUUUGGUGUGGGAGAGGCGCGGGAGAACUCCAAAGGAAGGUAAAGCGAACUUUCCCCAACUAAACAACUCAAAAGAACUUUAGAUGUGUGAAUAAAACACACAAGGGGAGUUGCACGUCUGCAUAGAGCACAAUUUUAUGCUCA